AUGAAGAGCGGUCCUUGCUUCUCUUUUGCCCUUCAGUUCUCUGAGGAGUUGGGCAGAAUUUGCCCUCGGUGUGGUUCGGAGAGAGCCAUCAUACCGAUUGUGUACGGCUUCCCCAGUGAGCCACUCACAGCUCACUACCGUCGAGGAUCUCUGGUCCUCACCGAGGUGUGCGGCUUCCUGGGUCCUUGCUGGGCAUGCCGGCGAUGCCACUACGAGUUCGAGCGCUACCCGUACUCGACGUCCUCAUCGCCAACAGAUAAAGUUCGCAAGUAUCCAUUCUUGCGCGUAUGUGUGGCAGCAGAUGAAGCUAUCGACGAGGAUGAUGGCAUCGAGAGCGACGAUUAA